AGAAAGUUAAUAUAGAAGACUAACAGGGAAAGGCUAGUUUUUAUAUAAUGUAUAUCUGAGUUAUGAGUUAGCCUACCUUGUUCUAAAAUCAAGAAUGCACUAACAUUCAAGGGCCCAGAAGGUUUAAACUUGCCCGCAGAAAUCUGGAGGCUGGAUGAAGUCCAAACAGACGUUUUUUUAACGAAUGCCAAAUAAUCUACUGCGCAUUCUGGCUCAUGCCUCAGAGAGAAAAAACUACUGGUGCGCUCUGCGGAGUUUGGGCAAGAGGAAGACACGUUUCGCAAUAACGGACUUUAAAUAUUACAGGGACAGGGAAAUGUCCGUCUCUUGUGUUCCUUUGGCUACUGUUUGUACAACUUAGUUCAACUAAUUUUCGCUACUGAGAUCUCAUUCUACUCGGCUUCUGGAAAUUACUAUUAUAACUGUUUAUUUUCUUAAUUUAGAUUUGUUUCGAUGGUUCGCGCUAAUGGGAAAUUUAGUUUGAGAGAGAGACAGUUUACGGACAAGUGAGAACAUGUGGGUGGUCAGGCUGUGUCUGAGCGCGCUGUUCUACCCUGUCUUCAGCUAUCACGAGCCCUGUCCCCCAACAGAGCGCCCUCCUGGUGUGCUGGUCGUACCCCCGGGCGGGGAGCUGGUUCUGGACUGUGGUGGCUGGGCGAAGGUGGACGGGGUGGAGGUAACCCUCCUCAGAGCACAGAGGGCUGCCUCUGUCCACUCCACUGCAGACAGAACCGCUCGUAGACACACCUCUGUCAUCGAAACAGCCUCCAACUCUGCAACGAGGGCAGAGAGUGUUGCCCCUACCGAGGGAGCUGAAAAACACCCGUCUUUUAAAGGGGCUUCCAGCCCAGGCUUAAGUGCCACAGCCGACAGAAAUGUCUCUGUUCAGGUCGGAGUGAGGAGACUGAACCCAGAGAAGCAUGCGGCUGCUGCUGAACGCUCCACCAUCUCCUCUGUGGCAGCAGUCCAAGCUGACAGGGAACUGAAAACAGCACGGACAACAGAGGAGGGGUAUACAGGUCUAGAAAUAAACAGCCAUGCUGUCAGCCAUUUUGGAUACACACAUUCUACCAGCGACAACAUCCCUCCAUCUGGGGCAGCACCGUGGCCAACCAGGGCAGGCGUAGUGGGAGGGGUUAACUCCGAGGGAGGGGAUGUGGAUGGGGAUGACUAUGAGGAGGGGGGGGAUGAGGGUGGGAGGGUGGCGAGGGGGCUGCUGGGACGGCCUCAAUGGAAACUUAACGGCAAGCUGCUGAGAGAGAGAGAGGAGCGGAGGGAGAGGGGAGGGAUGGUGUCACUCAGGAAGAAAGGGACAUCUCUGAGCCUGACCUCUGUGAGUGUUCGAGACGCAGGGAGCUACAGCUGCCAUUGCAGGAACGACACCGUGUCUUCCUUCAGGGUGGUAGUGGCAGUUCCUCCUGAGAAGCCUACCCUGUCAUGCUACAAGAGAUCACCCGGCAGCAAGAUCCGUUGUGAUUGGAGGGCCCAGCAGCCAGUGAUGGCCCAGCCUCAGUGCCAUCUCUUUCUCAGUAAGAGUUUGUCAAGCUCGUUCUCCCGUGUCAGCUGCUCCUACUCUGCUGUGCAGAGGCGCUGCUGGUGUGCCGUGGGCCAUGAGGAGGAUGAGCUGAGAGUUCUGCACCGCGUCUUCCUGUGUGUCAGCAACGCUGCAGGCAGCUCCUCCAGCCCCCAGAUCCACUUCAUCCCCCUGGACAUACUGAGGCCAGACCCCCCGUCACACCUGCAGGUGCUGCCUGUGGAGGGUCAGAGGACCAGCCUGAGGGUCACCUGGACAUACCCUCUCACCUGGAAGGAGAGAGACCGCUACUACAUGCUCCAGUACCGCCUCACCUACCGCCCUCUAGCUCUGGCAAAAGCGACUGAAGUGUUGACAGAAGCCCACUCGUACAUGAUAACAGAUGCGAUGCCUGGGGUGGAGUAUGUCAUCCAGCUGGCCACUAAAGAAGAGUUUGAUGGCAUCUGGAGUGACUGGAGCUCUCCUGUGCAUGGAAUCACCUGGACAGCCCCAGUACCCACUGCUGUGAGUGGUGUUGCUACAACUAAGUGUGAUUAUUUCGUCCUGUGCGGUGAAGGUUCGGGCAUAACAGACGAUGAGCUCCCCAGAGACCCUGAACCCCCCCGUGUGCCACACAAGGUGUGGCCUCACCUCCUGUGGGUGGUUGGGUGUUGUGUUGUACUCUCUCUCACUCUCCUCAUCGCCUACCUGUUGAGACACAAGGAGAGGUUCGUCUCCAAGUUUGUGGGCCUUAGCAACAACAAGCCCCGCCUCCCUGACUCCGCCCCCUCCACAUCAGCUCCAGCAGCCCAGGAAGUGCACGCUCUGCUGAACUCUGACCCCUCGCCUCACAAAGAGCCCCUCCCACAGGAAGUGGAAGUAAAGGAAGGAUCGGAGAGAGAGGAGGAAGAGGAGGAAGUGGUGGAGAGUGGGAGAGAGGCCUUUGACUUCAACAACACCAGCUACUUCCUGGUCCAGAUGGACCAAUCCUGAGCCUUCCUGGUCCAGACGGACCAAUCCUCUCUGCUGUCAACAAUCACAAGCUACGUGAUCGCUCCAACCAGUGGUCCAUUCAAGGGUCUGUAUUUCCCCUUAGAGGGUAAAGUCAGGAAAUGAAUGGGGAAAAAAUGCUUCUCAUUGUUCUUUGCACAAUUAAUAGGAAAGAAAGACUGAGAGAAGAUGUUUCCAAGAGAAUCGUCUCAUAGUUUUUAUUUUGAGUGGAGUUGAAGGAUAUGUUUCAACCUGAUGUGUUCACUAUAUUGAACCUUUCUUUCUCUCUGCACACAAAGAAAAUAUCCACAUUUUGGGCAUUAUGAACUCUGAGCUGUUAAUAUUGGCUUGUGUUUUGUAAAUAACUAUACUGCAAUAAAAGACAAAUAGUUUUU